AUGGUUACAAUCACAAUAAGAUCAAGAGUCAACACGAACUUUGAACUGCAAAUUGAAGCCUACGUGUUGAAAAAUAUUACGUCAUGUCUGCCUGAAAGGAAAUUAGAGCCAUUUGAUUGGAUAGAAAUAAAUGGUUUAUGUUUGGCAGAUCCGGAGUUCAACAUUCCGAACAAAAUUGAUAUGUUGUUUGGAGCCAAUGUGUACAGCCACAUACUAAAAGAAGGCAUGAAGAGGAGUCCAAACGGAAACUUUAUUGCUCAAAGUACGAAGCUCGGAUGGAUAAUAUCAGGCACUGUCAAUGAGAGGUCAAGCGAAGCUAAAGAAAAUUCGAACGUUAUUUCAGUAUUGCAUACUAGAGCAGAAGAAGACAUUUUAAAGAAAUUUUGGGAAUUAGAGGAACAAUUACCAAGAUCAACAUGGUCAGAAGAAGAACAAGCCUGUGAAGAGAUUUUCAAAAGGACAACAAAUAGAACACCGGAAGGGCAAUAUAUUGUAAAUUUACCCUUCCGAGAAGAUUUUGCUCAAUGUCAAAACAAUGGAUCAUUGGAGAUAGCAAUAGCUAAGUUCAAAUCAUUGGAAAAAAGACUCUCGAAAGACUUGGAACUCAAGGCCAGUUAUAAGGAAGUGAUUAACGAAUAUUUACAACUAGGGCACAUGCGAACAGUUGAAGAAAAGGACGAAAAGGCACACGAAGCAGUUACUAAAGAGGAUAAGCAAAAAUCUUUAUCAGAAACCGUUCAGCACAGUCCAGAAAGUGAAUCUACAGAUCCUACUCUAUCACCUCCUACAAUAAAUGAUGAAGAUAGAACACGUGUGGAAGAUAUUAGCCCUAGCUCAUUAGAUGAGUUGUAA